GUGUCAUUGGGGAAGAAGAGUAAUUUUCCUAUCUUAUAUGUGUCGUUUGGUUUGAAAAUGGUUAUCCCGGGAUAACUAAUACCGGGAUGAGUUAUCCCACCAUAUAUAUGGGAUAAGUUAACCCGGGACUAAGGGGAAAAGGGUGGAAUAAGUUAUCCUGGGUUGGAUGUAUCCCUCCAACCAAAUAAAGGAAAAUGUGUUCUUUUAUUUUAUUCCGGGAUAACCAUUUUCAAACCAAACGACCCGAGUGUAUUGUUAACAUAGUGCUUUCUUAUGGUCCUAUCAUUUGAAAAUUGAGUUUUCAUUUACCCAGGGAACUUUUGAACAUUUUCUAAGUGCUUGACCCUGAAGUCUCAAUCAACUUUCGUAAAAUAUGGGGAACUUGUUGCGCCAAUUUUCCUAGUCCCUACUAUUCGAAUAAGUUAAUGAAUAUUUCAUUUGUAAUUCUGUAAUGACCGAAAGACCUAACCAACUUGGUCCAAUAAUAAUUUCUAAAGUUUCUUCUUCUAGAUAUCAAUGUGAAAAGGUGACAAAGUUUCAAACCAAUUUUGUGAACGUGUUAUGAGUGGUCUUACUGGUAUUUUGAUAAGAGGACAGUUGUUGUAACUUACCAAGCUUCUGGAUAUUUGAAAAUUAAUACAGUAUUGACAAAUGAAUGAUCUAAUUAUGUCUAGUUAGAUUUGGGAAUGGUUCAAAAUGGGAUGGAGAAAGGAAUAGGGAUAUAUAAUUGCUACUACUACUAUGUGACUUCUAUAGUGUUACACCUUGGUCCCUAAAGAAUCUGAAUUACUUUCUCUUGCUAUUGGAAAAUGAUGUUAAAAUUUUGCCGUCUGACAUGUAAACACCAAAAAGAUUGCUCACUAACAUCUUCUCAAGCACCUUAUUCUUUCACAAACGGAGACUCCAAGGUCCCAAAAAAAGAAAAAAAAUGUGAACUGAAAAGCAGAAAAAAUUUAGCACACUUGCAUCGCCUCGUAUUUUGUAUGUGUAGAAAAACUCCUUUAAUAUAUGUAAAAUAAUUUAUUCGAAACUUAAUAAAUUGGCUUAAAAUUUAAAAUGCAUAAACUCAAAAUUCUAGCUCUCGCAACCAUGAUGACAAAUAUUGCCGGCAAUUUUUAAGAGGAUUAUUUGUAUAUCCCACUAGGAAUUAGUCUACACCCCACACCACGGCAUGACUUCUUCCUCUUCUAUUUUCUGCUACUUAUUACUAACUUGCAAAAGUAGCUUCACUAUUUAUUCACUUUUGAGUACUUAGAAAAUAUAGGCUAGUUCCUGUAGGACCAGUCAUAGGGCUAUUGUAUAUGAUUAGAAAGUGACAAAUAACUCAGUUUACUUUUCCCAAAUUCCACCCUUACAUACAUUUCUCUUCAAUUCUACUUGCCAAUUAAUCACUCUUCCUUUACUCUUCAAGAAUUCCAUGGAUUCUUUUAGAAUAUGGUUCAAGUCUUUGAAUAACUCAGUUGGGAAAUUUCUUGGACAAUUCAAGUACUUAAAGAAAGGGAAAAAGAAACCAAGGAGAACAGUUUCUGAUUUCAGUUGGUUAUCAGGUUUUGCAGCUAUGGAGUUGUCUAGUCAACUGAAAUUAGUCUUUAAAUUCAUUGAUGCAAAUGGAGAUGGAAAGAUAUCUCCUUUAGAGCUAAAAGAGAUUUUGUUGAGUCUUGGACAUCAUCAUCAAGAAUUGAAAUCUGCUGAGGAAUUAGCUGAAGUAAUGGUAAAAGAAAUGGAUUGUGAUGGGGAUGGACUUGUGGAUUUGGAUGAGUUCUUGAAUAUCAUGGGAGUGGCAAAAGAUCAAGUCUUUGGUGAUUCUGUCAAGGAUAUUGAUGAGUUAAUUAGAGAAGUUUUUCUUGUGUUUGAUGCUGAUAAAAAUGGGCUUAUUGAUGCUAAGGAGUUGAGGAGAGUUCUAAUUAGUCUUGGUUGUGUAAAUUGCAGUGUUAAAGAGUGUAGAAGAAUGAUUAAAGGGGUUGAUAAAGAUGGUGAUGGAUUUGUUAAUUUUGAAGAGUUUAAACAAAUGAUGGCUGCUGGAUGCAAUAUUUAGUCCACAUAAUCUAUUUUACUACUAUCUGUUUUGUUUAGGGAGUGCCAUAGACAGUGAGGUUCGCCUGAUCCCGGACUUGCUAGGGAGGAUUGAGCCUUAGUAGUUGUAGUUCACUAGUUCUUGUUGAUGAGAUUUCUUCAAACAAGUGAGUUAAUUUGUGUCUUUGAAGUCCUUUUGUUGUUGGAUUAUUUAGUGUUCAGAAUUUGUGCAGCUUUCACUACAGGUUUUAAGGUAGGAUGAUAUCAAUGUUUUGAAAGCAAUUAAUCAGCUACUCCAGAUUAGCAUAAUACUCCUCUUUCCAAGUUGUAUCUUUGAUGCCUUUGUUUGUGUUCUUUUUCAUGUGUUUUUGGCUGAUCGUUCAGCUUACACA